AUGAUAGAUCUGGCAGGUGAAGCAUCGGAGGGGGCAGAGCAAGUUGGUGAAGACGGAGAGGUUGCUGAACACGGCGUAGGAAAACAGCGUGAAGAAGCUGUCGUGGUGCCACCACAGCUCCGCAACGCAACAUCUCGUCGUAGCCACGUUUUGCACCAUGCGGACGGCUCCGAAGGACAUGGGUACAGGUCCAGACAGAGAAAGAGCGCAAAUUCUCCCGUUACUGUCCAGCAGCAUGACGAGGGUUUAUCGAAAUCCAUCUCCGUGCCGAUUCCGCUGUUUCCAGAUGACAUCGCAAGCGUCAAGGAAGGCAGCAUGCUGACAUGCCCUGUCGUUGACUUUUGUGUGUCGUGCUACACGCCAAAAACUGCAGGAGCGGUCUUCCCGAUGUUGUCCAUCACGUUCGUCGAGAUCAACACCGUGUACACUUCCUCCGAAGAUCGUCAGCCCGAGGCCAUUACUGGAGCGGUUGACUGGUCUGCCUACAACUACUACUUGCUGCCUGUAGUAAUGGAUCGUCACUGA